AUGGCACCUGUAACCAGCGACAUUAACAAGGAACCUGCGACCAGUGACCACAAGUCAGAAUCUCUAAUCAACAACCCCGACAUGGAACCUGUAACCAACAACUCUAACAUGGUACAUGUAACCAGCAGCUCUCACGUGGAACCUGUAAUCAGCGACUUCAAGAUAGAACGUGUAACCAGCAACUCUAAUACUGAACCUUUUACCAGCAACCACAAGAUAGAACCUGUAAACAGGAACCUAAACAUUAAACUUAACUUGGGAGUUGCAGGAAAAAGAUCAAACUUAAGAGAUGCACGCAGAGACUUUUACAUGGGUUUUGGAAUAAGAUAUCAAAAUAUAACUCCCGUAAACAGGCCAAAAGUGUCAAUGAAAUCUUCAUUAUUUUUACUCGGAGAAACUAGUGUAACAGAAAAGCCUUACAGUAAAUCUGCGUCCAUAAAGGAGCCUGAGCAAUUGAAUGAAACGAAAAAUGUGCCAUUCAAAUCUACGACACAAAAGACAAAUAAAUCAUUUACAAGCGAUUCGGUAAAUUAUGAUAAAUAUUUUGAAUAUGAUAAGAUUUGUAUGGAACAUGACCAGCUGGAGGACGUUUUGAUUUGUCAAGGAACUACCGAGUUUGAACGCUGUACCUCAUGUGCUGGAUUAUGUGGCCAAUUCCGAUCUAAGCUUUGUUCUUGUGAUGAAUUUUGUCAAGUUUACCACAGCUGUUGUGACGACUAUAUUGAUGUUUGUCAUUCCAAUUACUUCGAAGCUAAACAAAUGUUUUCAAAGUUUAUUGGAGCACAAAUUGAAUGUACGCCAUCUCUAUAUUCCACCUCUUAUGAUGUUAUAUCUAGUUGUUGGUCAGAAAAUAAAGAUCCAAGUUUAAGAAAGCUGUGUUACAACAGAGGAUACGUACCGGUCACCUUAAAAGAUACCUCACUGCAUUUUAAAAACGUGUUCUGUUUUCAGUGUUAUUCUUUAUUGGAAUCUCAGGCAGAAUUUUGGCAAGUUAUUUUUCAAGUUCAAAAUGCAGACCCAAAUCAAGCUACCCAAGAGUUCCCGAAACUGAUCGAAUUUCGUCCCUCUUUUUACAUGAAGAUAAGAACUUGUGUCCACGAUAUAGUUGCAGCUUGCCCAGAAGGUAUUGUUCGAAAAAUAGAAUGUGACUAUACUCCAUUUUAUUUCUUCAAGAAACUAAGAAGUCAUUUAGAAUGUUCUUUGUGGUGUUCUAAUUUGGAGGUGUGUGGGAAAUAUAUGUUUUGCCUCUACGAGGAUGGCAAGAGUGGUGGGUGUGUCAUUUUUUCAUCAUUACAAGAAUGUAUGGUAGUAAAAUAUCCACAUCCCUGUAUUUGUAUGGUUAAGAAAUCUGUUAAGUCAACUGAUAGUACACAUAAAUGUUUAGCCGGUUAUUAUGGUUCUCGUUGUCAAAACGUUAUGGAAGAUUGUAAACAUGGGUCUACCAUACCAGAAAUAAAUAACCAUAACAGUGUCAAACAAUACUUCGUGCAGCCUUCUCCUGAUGUCAAACCCUUUGAGGUUUACUGCAGAUUUGGGGCCAUCGUAUAUACAUUCGUAAUGGGUCGUCGCUUUGUUUCUGACAAAUCCUGUAAUACCCUCUUUAACCAAACUUGGCAUUGGUAUAGAAAUGGAUUCGGGCGUUAUGAUGCUGGUUACUGGCUUGGAUUAGAAAAGCUCCACCUGUUGUCAAAUUUGUCUGGACGGAAUCCUAUCAUGGAAGUUGUCGUCCAAAAUACAACCUAUGCCUGUCAAGACAGAUAUUCGGGAUUCAUUGUUGGAGAUGAAAAAACUGAUUAUACUCUAAAUUUGGGUGUAAGAUUGACCACAGGUUAUAGCAGACCACAAUGUAGUGGGACACUAGCUUCUGGAGGUCUUUCAGCUCGUGGACGUCCUUUCGCGACAGAAGAUCAUUACAAUGAGGCACAUGAUUGUCCAAAUAGAAUGAAAAGUGGGUGGUGGUUUGCAAAUGAUUCAGCAUGUACUGUUACAAACCUUAAUGGACCCAUUGGGAGAGACCUUAAUCCAAAAAUGUCUUAUGAUCCCGAUUUUCUUUUGCAAAAUUUAGAGAAGGCACAAAUAUACUUAGUCAACUUAUAA